AAAGAGGGGAGAAGAAACCAAUGAGCAAUGUCCAAAUCCAAGAAUUUGAGCUUGUGUUAGCAAGCAUAAUCAUCUAUAUAUAGGUAGCUCAAAUCAUAAAUAGAAAUCACCAAUUAUUAUCGUGUGUACUAACUAUUACUAGUACUACCAAAUCAUAUCAUCAAAAGACCAAUUAGAAGUUCAACCAAAAUGGAGGACAAAGUGGUGUUAUUGGAUUUCUGGCCAAGCUCUUACGCAAUGAGAGUAAAAAUCGCCUUAGCUGAGAAAGAGAUACAAUAUGAGACCAAAGAAGAAAACUUACCCGACAAGAGCUCUCUUCUUCUAGAAAUGAACCCAGUUCACACCAUGGUCCCUGUUCUCAUUCACAACGGAAAACCCAUUUGCGAGUCACUCAAUAUCGUUUACUACAUCGAUCAAGUUUGGUCUCACAAAUCUCCUUUGCUUCCCUCCGACCCUUAUCAACAAUCCCAGGCCCGAUUUUGGGCCGACUUCAUUGACAAGAAGAUAAAUGGCCUUGGCAAGAGGAUGUGGAAAUCUAAAGGGGAAGAACAAGAGGCAGUCAAGAAGGAAUUUAUUGCGAACUUGAAGACCUUAGAAGGAGAGCUUGGUGACAAGCUUUACUUUGGAGGUGAUAAGUUUGGAUUUGUGGAUUUGGCUUUGGCUCCCAUCACAAGUUGGUUUUACUCAUUUGAGAUUUGUGCCAAUUACAGCACUGAGUCCGAGUGCCCCAAGAUUGUAGAGUGGGCCAAAAGAUGCAUGGAGAGAGAGAGUGUGGCCAAGUCUCUUCCUCGCCCGAGCAAAAUCUAUGACUUUGUUUUGUUACUUAAGAAGAUAUAUGGCAUAUAAUACAAUUGGAAACGAAAGAGGAAAAAAAGUGUACUAGCUAGACAUUUGGUUUAUUUCAUUGUGCUGUUUUGUGUGUGCUUUCAUAAAUAAUAAUAAUAAUAAUAAUUAAAUGUUGUUAAUUCA